GGGUCUCGUUUGCAUUGCUUUUUAUGAACCAUCACUGCGCUGUUGAAAACGUCCAGGAUUGUGACGUUCAGCCAUUGUGCCGCGACGACGCGACUGUAAAGGAUCUGGAUGUGCCCUUCGCGCCUGUAUGCUAUGAUCAAAACGCAUUAUUUCAUCUAACGGGUCCAAAUUACUUACCCCCCUUCGCUCACCGCCCACCAGAGACCGCCCCUUCCUACAGUGCGAUGCCUGCAGCAGUGUGGUUGACCGUCUUAAUUAUUCCAACGCUCUAUGCGCUUUAUGUAUGGCUAAACGAUGCGAAACUCAAACGUCCUCCAGGGAAUCUCGGUUCUGAACCUUGGACCCAAGAAUUCAUCCAGGAGACUUUCGCUAGAGUGUCGGAGAAGCCUGAUUUAUUGGAGGGUCAAUUACCGUCUAAGACUGGGCGGAGGUAUAUCGUUAUAGGCGGGGCUGGUUUCUUAGGCGGUUGGAUCGUUCUACAUCUCUUACAGAGAGGUGAAGAUCCUCGAAAGAUUCGUAUCCUGGACAUUCGACCACCAUCCCGUAAGGAUCUCAAGGAAGCUGCCAGAGACGUUGACUUCAUCCAAGUAGACAUGACGGAUGCGGACGCAGUCUUCAAAGCCUUCCAGAAACCUUGGCCCGCUACUGAGGAACGCACUCCUGAACUUACAGUCUUUCACACCGCCGCUGUCAUCCGGUUCUUUGAACGUCACCCGGAUUUGUUAUACCUUUCCGAUAAUAUAAAUCUUGAAGGGACCAAGAAUAUCGUGAACGCCGCACGUGCUGUCGGUGCUUCCGCUCUAAUAUAUACCUCCUCCGGUUCGGUCGCUGUGCGACGAUCACGAUUUUGGCUUUGGCCGUGGCAAUCAGAAGCGAAGCACUUCGUUCAAGUGAUUACAGAUGAUGACAACCAAUUACCCAAGAGACACGAAGAAUUCUUCUCCAAUUACGCCGUUUCGAAACUUCAUGCAGAACGUUUCGUUCGAGACUCGGAUGGUUCCAAGUCAGGCGACGGCAUACUCAGGACAGGUUGUUUGAGGCCCGGGAAUGGUAUCUUCGGUCCUGGUGGUGACAUCCUAGUCGACAGGCUUAUUAGAGACAAAGUGAACCCUUCGUGGAUCCCGUCCAUCAUGCAGUCCUUCAUCUACGUCGAAAACUGCUCCCUCGCGCAUCUAUGCUACGAAGCACGGCUCAUUGAGCUUCAAUCUGGUAAUUCCAAUCCGGAUAUCGGCGGUCAAGCAUUCUGUAUUACGGAUGCGGGACCAACGCCGACGUAUCUAGAUGUGUACAAUGCCGUGGGCACCCUUUGCAAAGGCGCAGUGUCGUUCAUCUACCUUUCCCCGACGUUCAUGUUGUCUAUCGCUCAUUUGGUCGAAUGGUAUUACCUCGCAAGACAUUUCCUGGUCAAUUCAUCAUUUGCUUUUCUUGGCCGACUGUUUCCUGCUAUUCGUGGCGAUAUCAUCUUCCUCCAGCCUUCCAUGUUUGCCUUGACGAACGUCCAUCUCCUCUUCGACGACUCUCGUGCCCGUACGUCCUCUGAGAAAGGCGGUCUGGGGUAUACAGGACCUUGUACUACACUGGAAGGUGUGUGCAAGGUCGUUUUGGAGUACGAGAAGAAUGGUGGGGAAGGCACGGAGAGGGCAGUUGCGGGACACCCCGAACCGACCAAAUUGAAGUUCGACCCGACCUUGCCGGAGAGAGGAGUUGUAGAGAUUGUGGGUAAGAUCAGUAGUGGGUUGGGCGUUGACCCUACGAAGACGUGGAAUUAGAUUGAGCGACAAGCUCGCAAUGUUGUUUCUUUUUGCUGUAUUUUCAUUGUUAUCCUGCAAGACCUUAGAAUGCACUGCAUACGGACACGAAUUCGUGAUAUUCUGUACAGUGAUAACCAGUUGUUGUGGGACUUGGUGAUGUUAUAACAUGAUAUCCUUUCUGUCCUCACG